AUGGGUGCAAUGCGAUCGAAUCAGGCGCCGUACCACACCACCCAUGCUGCAAUUGAGGUUUUCAAUUGGCUUGCCCGUAUUCUCGCGGCCCAAUACGACCUGGAACGGACCGGUUGGGAUCGGGAAACGAGCACGCCGGUCAAUGUGAUUCAGUGGCAGAAUGCUAUGGCAACUCUUGACCUGUUUUGUUUAGUAAUGAUAUCGCUGGGAUAUGGUUUGCCCACGGUUCCUCGGCAGGAUUGGCGAGCCGUUUCUCACGAAAAUUAUGUGGCAAUCCAAAAUCACAACGAAUGGCAUGAUCGCGAGGCAUUUCCGGAGCUUGCAUUCACUGCUGUUAUGGAAGGUCUCUUGUCGAGGAUCAGGGCUAAGACCGUCCUCGCACCCGGUGGGAAAAAAAAAAAAGAAAACCAUAGAACAUCUGCGCCCGAUGCAUCCAGAGACAGUGACAGAACCUCCGCAGACACCCUGUGA